GAGUGGAGAUUUCUACUGCAUCGGGCACUCUUCAACAAUUCGCCGUAGCCUGUGUCAUAUUUUUCCACCUCACUCUAGAUUUUCUUUACCCAGAGGUGGUUGGGAUUUAAACAGAGGAGAAUUUAUCAGACUAAACAGAACAAAAAUCAAUUUGAUAAUCUUUUGCAGCCUGCAUCAACUUCCACUGAGUUAAAGAGCUGAACUGGCUUAUCAAAAGCUAACGUAGGUAUUGCUUGUAUCCUGGUUUUGAGGAUUAAUUGCUUCAGGCUUUUGUGGAAAACGGAUUGUAGCUGUUUUUGAGAAACUUAAAAGUUUUGAAUUGAGGAACCAAUAGGCUACAACUGAACUGUGUGUCGUCAAACCAUUCAAGGAAUGUAUCGAUAAUAUCUUCUAUUGUCCAAUCGAAAUUCGGGUCUUAUUUUGCAGUGCAUUGAGAAUACAAACAUACGAAGAGGUUACCCCCACAAGCAGUUACCAUGGCAGCAGCUCCGCACCUCCUGCUCUGUGUCCUGUGUUUAUGCAUCCGUGGUCUCCAUGGUACCCCUCGCUCAGCUCCCAGAGUGCACCUGUCCUUCAAAGAGCUGGUUGACACCAAAACGAUCCGACCCUUCAGCUUCUCCUUCAACACCAGCGACUACCGCAUCCUGCUGAUGGAUCAGGACCAGGGUCGGCUCUACCUGGGCAGCCGAGAGUACCUGGUGGCCCUCGACAUGCACAACAUCAACAAGGAGCCUCUCAUAAUCCACUGGCCAGCCUCUGUCCAGAGAACGGGACAGUGUAGGAUGACUGGAAAAGGAGGACAGGGGGAGUGUGCCAACUUCGUGCGGCUGAUAGAACCGUGGAACCGGACUCACCUGUAUGCCUGUGGCACCGGAGCCUACCGGCCCAUGUGCACCUUCAUCAACCGCGGCUGGAAGGCCGAGGACUAUGUGUUCCGGUUGGUUCCGGGGUAUCAGGACUCGGGGAAAGGGAAGUGCUCCUAUGACCCCAAUCAGGAGAACAUCGCCACCCUCAUCAACGGGAAUCUGUACGCGGGCGUGCACGUGGACUUCAUGGGCACAGACCCCGCCCUGCUGCGCACAAUGGGGGGUCGGCCGCCCGUCCGCACGGAGCAGUAUGACUCUCGAUGGCUCAACGAGCCGGUAUUUGUUCAGAUCCAGUACAUCCCUGACAGCUCAGAAAGGAACGAUGAUAAGCUCUAUUUCUUCUUCCGGGAGAAAACCAUGGAGACUGGAGGCGGGGCCAGCCCGAGUGUGCUAUCGCGGGUGGGCCGCAUCUGUCUGAAUGACGAUGGUGGUCAAAAGUCACUGGUGAACAAGUGGACAACCUUCCUGAAGGCUCGGCUGGUCUGCUCUGUCAUUGGCGAGGACGGAGUGGAGACCUACUUUGAUGAACUGAGGGAUGUUUUCAUUCUGCCUACUCAAGAUGAACGCAAUCCUGAUGUAUAUGCUGUGUUCUCCACUGCUGGCUCUGUGUUUAAAGGUUCAGCGGUGUGUAUGUACUCCAUGGCUGACAUCCGCAAUGUCUUCAAUGGCCCAUUCUCCCACAAACACGGCCACAACUACCAGUGGACUGCCUACACCGGGAAGAUCCCCUACCCCCGCCCAGGCACUUGUCCGGGUGGCACCUUCACCCCCGACCUUCGCUCCACCAAGGAGUUUUCGGACGAGGCCAUCAACUUUGUACGCAACCACCCGCUCAUGUACCACCCAGUGUACCCGGUGCACAAGCGCCCCCUGGUGGUGCGCACAGGAGUGGACUACCGUUUCACCACCAUCGCCGUGGACCUGGUGGAUGCAGUGGACGGCAGGUACGAGGUGCUGUUUCUGGGGACAGACCGUGGAACAGUCCAGAAAGUCAUAGUUCUUCCUAAGGAUCUCAGCACCUUAGAAGAGCUCAUUUUGGAAGAAGUGGAUGUCUUCAGGACAGCAGCUCCUGUCAAAACGAUGAGAAUUUCCUCCAAGAGGCAACAGCUGUACGUGUCGUCGGAGGCGGGGCUGACGCAGGUGGCCCUGCACAGGUGUCCAGUGUACGGGAAGGCCUGCUCUGACUGCUGCCUCGCCCGCGACCCCUACUGCGCCUGGGACGGAGAGAGCUGCGCCCCGUUCACGCCCGCAACCAAGAGGAGAAGCAGAAGGCAGGACAUUAAACACGGCGACCCUCUCCGCCAGUGCAGAGGCUUCAAUGCGAAAGUUGAGAAACGUCUGAGAGAGACGGUGCAGUUCGGGGUGGAGGGAAGCAGCACAUUUCUGGAGUGCCAGCCCAGGUCCCCCCAGGCCACCGUCAAAUGGCUUUUCCAAAAAGACGGGCGCCGGAAAGUGCUGAGUCGGGACCGGGAGGUGUUGAAGACGGGUCAGGGGAUCCUGUUGAAGUCGGUGACGCAGUCAGACGGGGGCGUGUACCACUGCGUCGCCACGGAGAACAGGUUCAAACACACGGUGGCUCGCGUGUCCCUGCGCGUCCUGGACCGGGAGAUCGUGGAGGCGCUCACCUCCCCCGACGGCCCCCCCGAGCAUCAGCACCCGCCCGCGCCCCCGCCCCCGCCCCCGCCCCAGGCCGAGGUCCGGCUCAUCAACCAGUACUGCCAGUCCUACUGGCAACAGCUGGAGCCCAAACCGCCCAAGCGCACCAGCCGGCGGCACGCCGAGCGCCAGGACUAGUGCAGGCGAGGGCGCGGGACUCGCACUGAGACUCUGACUCCACUCUGACUCCUGCCCUGCCCUGACCCCACCCUCUGCACGCUGAGAGUCAGGACCACUGACGUUCUGCCCCCCCCCUCCCGUCCUGCCUGAAUGCCCCCACCGUGCUGAAGGUUGCAUCACAGAUUCAGGGAUUCCGGCAGGAAGGGUCACAACUUUAUCUGCAUUUUCACACCAAGUUCUGCUCCUAACUGUAAUUUACCCGUCCUUCUUCCUGACCUGACAUUUAAGCCACAGGCCUGGAUAAGCUGACAACUGACAGUUGAAGACUGUUUUUGGUUCCCGAUAGGAAACGUUUUACCGUGACCAUAUCCUCCAGUGAACCGACUUUGGCAUAUACUAACUAAAUGAGCCAGAAUAAUUAGUGGAAACAAAAACCUGAAGACACCCCACACCGGUUGCCCACCCCUGCUAAAAGGACUCCAUGUUUAGGGUUAACAAAUUCACUUUCUGCAGGUGUAGGGUUGCUUGACAGUGGGGGUCUCAGACCCCAACGACUCCCCCCACAGCUCUCACAUAUGAAUAGAUAGUUACUUAGUUGGAUAUGUGAUGUUACUAUGCACUUUGUUGUAAAUCAAGUAAACCAGUAGAAAAUCAGUUCAAAGCCACAGAAAAAAGGCACGGGUAACCAUGUCCACUGUGAAACCACAAACUUUCAUUACAAAGGUUUUUUUCAAAGUAAGCUGUGCACAAAUUGUAUGAAUAAGGAACAGUAUAGAGCCAAGAUGAUGUCCUUUUGGUUCAUGAUACUAAAAUAAACAGGGCUGAGGGGCAUCAGUGAAACAUAAGCCAGUAUUCCUGCUGAACGGCACAUGUAGAGCUAAGGUGCAGAGCCGAUACGAACGUAAACAUUGGGGAAAUGAUCGUGGCUACAAAUCACCAACAUGUCACAAAGGAAAAACAAACGCGUCAACUCAAGAUCCAUUGAGGCUUCAUGGCGUCCAUUUCACCCAGUCCGCCUUGAGUUUAACCGCAAAGCCUGCAUGUCUCCCUUUGUCAAGACUCUGGGUUCCAACGAAAUCAUAACCCGACCACAGGUGGGGGCUAAUACAUACCAUAUAUUUAAUAUGUGUGUGUCAUGAAUCGUUUUCAUGACCUGCUAAGUGCAAUCUGAUUUCACCGUGUAAAAAUGAUAGUAUUUAUUUCCCCCUGAUGGGUUUCCAUUAGCACAGAAGCUGUACCUCCGAAUGACUCGUAUCCACAGGAGGUCCUCGGGUGUGUCUCUCAGUGCGCAUAGAUCAGCAUCGGGGCAAACACUGUACAAUAUUAGGUUCUCACGUUGAGCAUGCGGUCAAUGUGUCGUAUUUAUUGAUUUACUCAGAUCAGUUUAAGCUUACAACUGAUUUUGGAUUCAUUCUGCUGCAUGGUUAAGGUAUUCCACCCCGUUUCAGUAUCACUAACCCCAAUUUAGCCAAGGUCCUUGUUGUUAGUGAGUCUUUGAAAUAGUUUCUGUGUUUUGU